GAGACACAAGCGUGGCCUUUCUGUGUUAACUUCAGCUGCCCAGAAGGCAUCAUGGAUCUGGGGAAACCCAGGAAAAACGUGCUGGCAGUGGCUCUCCUUGUCAUUUUCCAGGUAUGUUUCUGCCAAGAUGAGGUCACAGAUGAUUACAUCGGUGAGAACACCACGGUGGACUACACUCUGUAUGAGUCUGUGUGCUUCAAGAGAGAUGUGCGGAACUUUAAGGCCUGGUUCCUCCCUCUCGUGUAUUCAGUCAUUUGCUUUGUGGGCCUGCUGGGCAACGGGCUGGUGGUGCUGACAUACAUCUACUUCAAGAGGCUCAAAACCAUGACGGACACCUACCUGCUCAACCUGGCGGUGGCAGACAUCCUCUUCCUCCUGACCCUCCCCUUCUGGGCCUACAGCGAAGCCAAGUCCUGGAUCUUUGGUGUCUCCCUGUGUAAGAGCAUCUUUGGCAUCUACAAGAUCAGCUUCUUUAGCGGCAUGCUCCUGCUCCUGUGCAUUAGCAUCGACCGCUACGUGGCCAUUGUCCAGGCCGUGUCCGCACACCGCCACCGCGCCCGCGUGCUUCUCAUCAGCAAGCUGUCCUGUGUGGGCAUCUGGAUGCUGGCCCUAUUGCUUGCCACCCCAGAGCUGCUGUACAGCGGCCUCCAGAAGAGAAGCAACGAGGACGCGUGGAGAUGCUCCCUUAUCAUCGACCAGGUGGAGACCUUGAUCGUCACCCAAGUGGCCCAGAUGCUUAUCGGGUUUCUAGUGCCGCUGCUGGUUAUGAUUUUCUGCUACUUUGUCAUCAUCCGCACCCUGCUUCAGGCACGAAACUUUGGACGGAACAAGGCCAUCAAGGUGAUCAUAGCUGUGGUUGUGGUCUUCGUAGUCUUCCAGCUGCCCUACAAUGGGGUGGUCCUGGCCCAGACGGUGGCCAAUUUCAACAUCACCAACAGCAGCUGUGAAGUCAGCAAGCAGCUCAACAUUGCCUAUGAUGUCACCUACAGCCUGGCUUCUGUCCGAUGCUGUGUCAACCCUUUCUUGUAUGCCUUCAUUGGUGUCAAGUUCCGGAGUGACCUCUUUAAGCUCUUCAAGGACCUGGGCUGCCUCAGCCAGGAACAGCUCCGGCAAUGGUCUUCCUGCCGCCAUGUGCGGCACGCCUCCAUGAGCCUGGAGGCCGAGACCACCACCACCUUCUCCCCAUAGGGGGCUCCCCUGCAUGGACUUCAGGGACCUCUUCCCAGGGGCCCUAAGGUAGGGACUGAGGGGGAGGGCCUAUGCAAGGACUCAAGACCCACCAAAGAGCUGCUGAGGGAAGAUCAGUUCUGGCCAGUCAGGCUAAAACCUUGGGGCCUAAGAAACAGCUUAACCCCAACCCAUGCAUGCUACCUCAACCAUGGCUGAAAGAGAUGAGGCCGAGAAGUCAAUACCCAAACCAGGACAGCUGUGCCCAAACUGACAGCCAAAAGUGAAAGCUGAGAGGCCAUCACACCUUCUGGAGUGAAGGGCGUGGGGCCGGUGAACACCCUGGUAGUGGAGUAAACUCCUGAGGCCUCAGAAUGAACCUUCUUCCAGCCUGGAGCGAUGAUGUCCCAUAGACCCAAGGACUGGGGGUCACAUAGUCCAGAAACCCGGGGUUUUUGUCUCCAAACCCAAGUUGGUAGGAUCACACCCUGGGAGCCAUUGACUGGUCUGACUGACAGGGACUGAACACCCUCCUCCCACCUCCUUUCCUACUGUCAUCAAGCUGGCAAGAGAUGGCAGUCUCCCUCGAUGCUCCCUCAGAGCACCUCUGUCCCUCCCCUUCUACCUCCUCCUCAGCUCUCCUCAGGAAUGGAUGAUGUUUCCUGAGGGCCAGGCCACAACAUCAGGCUGUAUGCAGCCCCAGCUGAGGCUCC